AUGAAAUUUAAAAUUGUCAGCGAGAUGCAGAAGCACGAAGUCAGGAGACCUCGCGCCUCGCUUAAACCCUCGUUGCCUUGCCGACGCCCCCAACCAAACCCCAAACCCAAACCCUCCAUCGUCAUCUCUCCACCCAUACUAUUGAAACGUCCCUUCCACCAGCACGCUCAAGAACCCGCCUUCCCAUCCGCAAAAAUGCCAGCAACCAGACGCUCGCGCGUCUCCUCCGGACCCGCAGCCAAAGGCUCCCAAAAAACCCUCGCCUUCACCAAUAGCAAAGUCACAAAGCCGACACACGCCCCCACCGGCAAAGACGCCCUCCUAGCCUCCUCCAAACCCGCCGCCCCAGCUGCAGUAGAAGAAGAGGCAGAAGUAGUAGAUAUAGAUGUCGGCCACACAUCGUCCGAAGCCGCAACCGCACAACAAACCCGCACCGAACUCUCGGCGAAACACCUAAGCCCCUCGCACGAACGAGCAUCCGCAAUCAGCGAUGCGCAGAUCAAGAAGUACUGGCGGGAUAGGGAGGCGGAGCGGAAGGCGCCGAGGGUGCACCAGCAGGAUUUGAGUGUCGAGGAGAAGGUUCUGAGGUUGUUUGAUAUGAGUUCGCAGUUUGGCCCCUGCAUCGGCAUAGCCCGAAUGAAGCGCUGGACGCGCGCGAGUAAACUAGGACUAAACCCCCCAAUUGAAGUCCUAGCUGUGUUGCUCAAGGAAGCCGAGAAGGGGAAUUCGACGACGACGGAGAGGGCGCAUGUGGAUGAGCUUAUGAGCUCGACGCCUGGUGAGUGA